CACUUGGUUUUUGGAGGAAGGGGGUGAAGCCAGUGAACAAUCCUGUCUGUCUUUUCCCAAAAUAAGCCAGUGGGAGAGAUCGCCAAGUAAGUCAAGGAGAUUGGAGCAGCGUGCUCAGCCCCUGGUUAUAAGUGGUGUGAGUGAAGCCCGACCUGCUCGGACCCUGAGCUCAGAGCAGCCUCGCUGCCUCUCUCAAUGUUCUGCUCCUUAUCCCUCUUUGUCCUGCUGCCUCACUCUCCUCACUUUUCCACUGUUAGAGUGAAAAGGCACACAUCGGGAAGGUGCUGUUCAGCUCCAAUUUCUUUUUUGACUCUUUCUGACUUGCCAGAAAGCACAUGGAUGGACUUCAAUUUUUGUUGGAAAUAGAAAAAUAAAAUUUCAAAAUUUACUAACUUUUAAGCCGUACUAUUUAGAGUUUUGUUUCUGAAAGCAGCGCUGAAAGGAACCAGUGAAAGUUUUUUGCAUUUUGGUUGCAUGCCUCUUGAGUUUUUAAUGGCAUCACACCCCUUGGGAGACCGGCGUGGCUGAAGGAGGGACAGACCUGAAGCUUUGCCCCUGCUCCCAUCACUCAGAGGAAAAGUUGUGCGUGACUUUUGAAAGGCUGCCAUCCUGGUGACAAUGCUGUUUAUCCAUCUAUGUGUGCUUCUGAUGCUGUGGGGCUGUGCUCAUGCAGGGGGCUAUCCACCUAUACCCCACAUGAAGUACAUGCAGCCCAUGAUGAAAGGACCAAUCGGACCUCCAUUUCGAGAGGGAAAAGGACAUUAUGUUGACAUGCCACCCAUGAUAGAAGUCAAGGGGGAGCCAGGCCCUCAAGGAAAGCCAGGACCCAGAGGUCCAGCUGGACCUCCAGGACUGACAGGAAAGCCUGGACUUGGGAAACCUGGAGUUAAUGGACCUCCAGGCCCUCCUGGACCUCCUGGGUUUCCAGGGAUUGGAAAGCCUGGACUCCCUGGUCUACCUGGAAAACUUGGACCAAAGGGUUUAGCUGGGGACAAGGGUGAAGUUGGUCCUCGUGGUGAGCCAGGUCCUCGAGGUCAACCAGGACAACCAGGUUUGCCUGGUCCUGCAGGCCUUUCACUGAAUGGUAAACCUGGACUUCCAGGUACCAGGGGUCCUCCUGGAGCAAGAGGAGAACCAGGACUUAAAGGCACUGCUGGCCUACCAGGUGACCGUGGACUUAAAGGUGAAGAUGGAAUUGGAAAGCCUGGACCUGCAGGAAUUAGAGGACCCCCAGGACUUAAAGGCGGCAUGGGCCCUCCUGGGCUCACAGGAAUUGGAAAACCUGGUCCAAAGGGUUUACCUGGACCACCAGGUGUUAAAGGUGAUCAAGGACUUCCUGGAGAUCAAGGCGAACCAGGAGAGGCUGGGGCUCCAGGUCCUCAAGGACUACCUGGGCCUGGGGGUUUGGGAAAACCUGGUAUAGAUGGUUUACCAGGGCUGCCAGGUCCUGUUGGUCCAAAAGGUGAGCCUGGUCUGAGAGGACUUUCUGGAUUCCCUGGGACUCCUGGCUUUGGAAAACCAGGUCUAAAUGGGCAGAAAGGAGACAAGGGUCAUAAUGGAUUGCCUGGUCUCCAAGGUGAUAAAGGUGAGCCAGGAAUGGUUGGACCAUCUGGAGAACCUGGCCUUGAUGGACAACCGGGACCACCAGGUCUACAAGGUCCAAUGGGGCUUCCUGGAAAACAUGGCCUACCAGGGCAAAAGGGGGAACUUGGCCCUCAGGGUCCUCCUGGGUUACCUGGUCUUAGAGGUGAACAAGGAAACAGCGGGCUCCCAGGAAAGCCUGGCAUACCUGGGGAAAAAGGCCACCCUGGUUUCAGUGGCCCAAUUGGAAAACCUGGACCUAAAGGUGAGCCAGGACAUACUGGUUUAACUGGAAAUCCAGGUCCAGGUGGUGUUCCAGGACCUAAAGGGGAAGCAGGAUUUAUGGGUACUCCAGGACCUCGAGGCCAGUCAGGUAUACCUGGUCUUCAAGGGCCCAUGGGUCCUAUGGGGCCACAGGGUGUACCUGGACCCAAGGGUGAGCCUGGUCUUCCAGGACUUCCAGGGACUGGUAAAGUUGGUGAGAAGGGACCUAUUGGUCCACAGGGUCCUCCAGGAAAACCAGGACCUGCAGGUCUUAAUGGUAACCCAGGGCCUCCAGGACCACCAGGGCCUCCAGGUCCUGCAGGAAAUGGGCAAACAGUUGUCGCUGGUCCCACAGAUUCUCAGUUAGAAGGAGACGAAGUACCAGGAGAUAGGAAAGGACCUGCAUACAGCCAGGUACCACUCUCAGCCUCUGUUGCACCAGCCUUCACAGCCAUCCUGACUACACCAUUUCCUCCUUCUGGAAUGCCAAUCAAGUUUGACAGAACUCUAUACAAUGGGCAAAACGCCUACAGCACGUCUACUGGCAUGUUCACUGCACCUCUCUCUGGCAUCUACUACUUUGCUUACCACAUGCAUGUAAAGGGAACUAGUUUGUGGGUUGCUCUAUAUAAAAACAAUGUACCAGCUACCUACACCUAUGAUGAAUACAAGAAAGGCUACAUGGACCAGGCGUCUGGUAGUGCUGUGCUCGAGCUGAAGGAGGGUGAUCAAGUAUAUGUUCAGAUGCCCUCCGAUCAGGCUAAUGGCCUUUAUUCUACAGAAUACAUACACUCAUCCUUCUCAGGGUUCUUACUUUGUCCCACAUAACCCAGUCUUACAUUUUCAGUUCUUGUUUGUAUGUCACCUCUGAACAACCAACAGAUUACUAUUACACACAUUUUUAAAUAGCAGCACAUUUAAAAUAAAUCAUAAUAAAAGCAAUUUGAGUUCAUAUUUAUGCCGUAUUUACAAGUGUUUGGUUAAUAGCCCAUCUACUGACAAAGCAGGUGCUAAGAAUCAGAUGUGCUGUGCCCUGAGAAUAGAGUGUGGGGCUGGAGUUAAGUGCAAAUAAGUACAAAA